AUGACAGCAUACAAAAAGGGUUCACUGGUAUUGGGGAUUCAGCCGCAGCAGAUUAUGGUCGAACCGGACGACGAAGAGGUUGAGUACAAUGGUGAUGAUGAGUACAAAAAUGAAGAACUACGUACUGCCGAAAUUCUCGGAAGUGCGCGGGCUCAAGCGAUAACAACCAAAGGAUCCAAACGCACACAAGCGAUCGCUUUAGAAGCUGAUUUAAUUGAGUAUGCUCAUCUAGCUCAGCAUCUCUUUAUUCUAUCGGAUUAUUAUCCGAUAAAUCUUCUAUAUUUAGAAGAUUUAUCUGAGGAAUUAUUUAGCUUAGGAAAUACAUUAUCGUUUAUACGUGCAUCGAGCACUCCUUAUUCGUUAAUCGAUUUAGAAGAGGUUAAGCAUAUAUUAGAUAAGUUAAGGGUUUUAUAUUCAAAAGAUGAAAUCCUUGAUAUAGAUUUUAGGAAUUUUUAUGAAAUAAUUAAGUUAGGGUAUUUUUAUUUAGACAGGCAAAUAGUAAUUGUAAUAAAAGUCCCAAUUAUUGUAUCCUACACCUAUGACCUUUAUAAAUUAGCCGUUGUCCCAAAUAAGAACCAUAAAGUCCUUAUUCCCACCUCUCCAUAUUUGGCAAUAUCUGGAAAAGACUCUAGGUACAUAGAGACAGAAUGUCCGAAGUUAAAUUCAUGGUUUCUCUGCAACUCAAAACCAGAUUAUAAGAAAGAUAAAUACGAUUGUAUCCAGCAGCUGAUCACUCAACAGGAGCUCAACCAGUCCUGUCCCUUAACUUCAGUCGUCCUACAAAAUGAAGCAUUAGAACAACUUGAUGAUAAGCAUUAUACAAUGAGCUUUCCAACUUUAACGAAAGUUAAAUUAUUCUGUGGACAAGAACAAUAUAGGACACUACAAGGCAGCUAUGUAGCAGUCAUUCCACUUAACUGUUACCUCAAGGCACCAGGAUUUACCAUUACUAAUAUGAAUAAUCGUAUAAAAGGUCACAUUGUCAAGAUAUUGGAAAUACCGCAAUAUAUCGAAUCCAAGAAUAUUGAACAGCCAACAUUAAACCUGGCCUCUACAGACCUCAACAGCUUUCAUAGUCUUAACACGAAGAUGUCUAUGCAGCCUCCAGUACAUCUUAAUCAAGACAAGGAUAUAAGUCUAUAUCAUACUACUAUACCUUUAUAUGUAGCAUUGAUAGUAAUGAUUAUUUUAAUUGGCAUCGUGACAUAUAAGCGAAUGGGAAUUAAACCUGAAACAAAAGGACAUCCUGAAAAAGAACAAGUUCCUAAAAACCCCAGUCAAGUAAAAGUGAAUCCCGGACAUAUUUCAUCAGCAACUCUCUCACACAAAGUUCUCGAAUAG